AUGGGUGCAGGAGACGGACGUGAGAAGGAGGUGAUGUUGCCAGGACGACAACAGAAACAGACGGGCUUAAAUUUUACUGUGACCCGACUGAGUCCCAGGCGUCCUCCCCCCGUGUGUCCUCGCUUUCUGGCACACAUGAAGACUCACUGCCAAGGCCUCAGACCCCCACGCGUCCUAAGCUCCAAGUCCAGGCCUUGGCCUCCGUCCGAGGGCAGGGAGCAGGCCAGCGGGUCCUACCGGGCUCCGCCAGGGUACGUCCAUAACAGAAGAGCAAAUGUUGGGAAGGAAGGAUCCCACCGAGUUCCCUUUCUGCCACACAUCUCUGCUGCUACACGGUCUUCCACCGUUCUUCCACCUUCUCAACACGAGACCCUUCGCUCCAUUGCUGCUAGACCACAAGGCAAAGAAUGCAAAGGCUCAGGAAUCUCCAGUCAUGUCAAUGAAGACCAUGGAUGUCAGAAGGUUGAGGUACCUACAGGAGUGUCCGCCGCGGGAGCUGGAGUGCCAAACUGGGGGUUUAGUCUCAGCCCUGCUGGGUGUAAGAGCUCCAAGGCCUCGCAAGAGUCCUUGUCGGAUUUCAGUCGACCGCCCUCAAGUCUCUUAAGUCGACCGUCCUCAAGUCUACUAAAUCCACCUUCCUCAAGUCUACCAAAUCGACCAUCCUCAAGUCUCCUUAAUCGACCGUCCUCAAGUCUCUUAAGUCGAUCAUCCUCAAGUCUACUAAAUCAACCGUCCUCAAUUCUCCUAAAGCGACCGUCCUCAAGUCUCCUACAUCGACCCUCCUCAAGUCUCCUACAUCGACCGUCCUCAAGCCUCCUAAAUCGACCGUCCUCAAGCCUCCAAAAUCGACCGUCCUCAAGCCUCUUAAGUCAACCGUCCUCCGGUCUCUUCAAUCAACCGUCCUCCAGUCUCUUCAGUCGACCGUCCUCCAGUCUCUUCAGUCGACCGUCCUCCAGUCUCUUCAGCCGGAGCACCGAUCUCGCCAGCUGCAGGAGCAACGUCCUGUCGGAACAUAUAAGAGACUUCGACCCAUUGGACAGCUUGUCUAGCCGUCGCCAAGUGUUGCAGUCAUCCGGUGGUCAUGGUUCCACGCCUGAGGACGAUCGCACACGUUUCGGUCCACUUAGGGCAGCUUCAAACCUUGUCGGUCCUUUAAAUACGCUUGACAUCACAAAGGUGGAGGAACGUCACAGUGGCGAUGGUGUGGACUUUCCUCACAGGCCCUCGGCCACAUUGUCUGCCCCAAGAGCAACCCCGUAUGCCCUUGCGGCCCAUCCAGAGUCUGGCCCCCGACCCGUCCAGCCUCCCAUCUCCGCCCUGAAAGACCUGAGUCUUUCUGCUCCUUUGGACCAACAGGACCUGGGUCUCAGACCGCCUGCCAGGGUUGUACAAUAUAACGGUACUGCCAACAUUUCAGAACCUGACUCCUGGUCAUCAUUGGACUCGUCCAAGCUCAGCUGCAGUCGCUCGCAGGCGUUCGACCAGCUGGACGCCUUCGCCCCCUCGUCGGCUUCCUGUUCCUCCUUGGAGCGAGCGUACGACUCAUCAGGACGACCUUCGCCUCUUCACGAACUUUUGUCCCCCAGCCUGGCAGCACUGACCCUGGGCUGCGACUCGGGGGAUCUGGGCUCCUUGUCCCGAGUGCAGCUGCUCCUGCUGGACCGGAUCGGACCGGUGACCCUGCACUCUCCCGUGGAGGACUAUCUCCCGGACCAGACCAGACCUGUUGACGACAUGCUGACGCCGUCAGCUGUGUUCUUGCCCGACGCAUCCCCGGAGGAACAAAUCCGGUAUCGCUAUGCCUCACAAGCUUAA